AUGAAUAAAUCACCAAGCAGUAGUCCUAAGCAUUCAUAAUCUAACAAUGCAAGGUCAAAUAAAUAUAGAAAUCUAAUAAAGAAUUGUAACUUCCAAUAGAUACAGAUUUAAAAAGAAGUAGAUGAUUUGUUAAUUGCAUUUCCUAUAUAAUCUUUCUCUGCUCCAAGAGGUUAAAGAUUUAAAGCCUCAUUUCGUAAAUUUUUAGCAGGAAAUCUUGAUACAAAAUAAUUAAUAGAUCAUAGUAAUUUUCCAACUGCAAUAGAAAAUAUGAAUGAUAAAUAUGAGUAUGUAAAAUCUCACAAGGAAUCUAUUUGUUCUUUUAAAGAUUCGAUUACUAAUAAAGAACAUUUACAAAUAAACUUAUUGGAAGAUAAAUUAGCCAAACUGAAGAAUACAAAGCAUAAGAAUUAGGCUGAAAAUAAGAGAGAAAGACUUUAUGAAUUAUCUUUACAAGUAAAGAAAGACAAAAGAAAGUUGUCAAAACAAGAGAACGCUUUAUUAAAAUGGAAAAAAAUUAAAGAUGUUAGUAAAUAUAUAUAAGAUAGGUGAUACAAAAUAAUAUACAAUUAAGAAGAUUGAUUAUAGAUGAAAAAAAAAAAUAAACUAAAUUUUUGGAUAACUUAGAAAUGGCUUUUCAUAAAUCAUCUGAGUUUUACAUACAAAAUUUACGAUUUCAUUAAUUGCGUACAAUGACAGUAUUAAAAGAAAAAAAGAUUUCUUAUUCUAACCAUUAAAAUUUUAGCCCUAGAUAUUAUCAUUUUCUGUUAAAUUUAUAAUUUAAAGAGAAUUCAGACAAUUUUUUAUUUACACAAUUCUGGACAAUUUCAGAACAUCUUUAAAACCUAAUGAAAAAUAAUGAUUAAAUAUAUGAUAGAAUACUUAAUAUAUAUUUAAAAAAGAAAGAGAUCUAUUUAUAAUGGGUUAAAGAGUAAAAUUAUAGAAAGAUAAUUAAUUGGAAACAUAAUAAAUUAAAAACUUCAAAUGAAAUAAAAUCAAAUACAUCAUAAUAAUUAGGUUUAAAUAAACAAAAACCAAUGCAAAGAGUUUAAAAUCCUUUUUAAUAAACACAAAGAUUUAAAGAAUAUUAAAAUAAAUUAAUAGAAUAAGUUAAUGAUAUUGAAUUAAUAGAUUAAGAUUCUAAGAGCCAAUUAAAAUAGCUAUUAUAAAAGACUACUAAAAAGAAGAAUUCUGAAGGUGUUAUAAAACACAACAGAUUUCUAUCCUAUCCAACUAAUUCUAAUUGUGAUUAAAUUGAUGAUUUUUAGGAUAACAUUUCAAAUGCUUCAAUCACAGAAGCAUUAUUAGAUUAAUUAUAUUCAGGAGCCAAUUCUUUAUAAUAAAAAAUAAACAAUAAUAAAGGAUUAACAUUUUAAAGAAAAGUCAGAGAUUAUCUAAGAUUAGAAGAAAUUAAAUUAUAAACUAUUCGCGCUAAUAAUUUAAAACUAAUUCCUAAACACCAUGAUUAAAUUAAAUGA